AUGACCUCCGCUGUGCCUGCCCCAACGCGGGCCUACACCUCGCUGGGCCCGCUUCCACCAUCGAUCCGCGCUCCUCAGCCAAUGCCUGCGCCGCUCAGCCGAGUCGCGCUAGCCGCCAAGCAGAACCAGAUCCUCGCGCUCCAAGCUCUUCAAGCUGCUGCUGCUGCAUCCGCCUCGGCUUCUUCUUCGUCCUCUUCCUCGUCGGCUGCCGGCUCCCCUCCACCCUCGUCUUCCUACAUCAAGUCAUCCAGUGGCGCCGUCUACGCUGCUUAUGCCAAGCGUGGCCGCAAAUUUCAAGCUUUCCGCGCUCCUUCGCUGGACAAGGCGCCCAAAGAGGCGCUCCCCGCUAGCACAACCGUCACCACCACUAAGCUGAAACCGCUAAUCGUCACCAGCACACCGCACUGGUCUGCAGAGGGAUCUCAGCCCCUGUUCGACCCUAACUCUGGCAGGCGCUCCGAGGUGUACUCGCUCACCAACGACCGCUAUCCUGGCGCGCCAGGCACCGCCCUCGCCAAGGCACGCGAAGCUCAGCAGAAAGCUAUCCAAUCUGCUAAGCGCGAAGCUGCCAAGAAGCUGGCUUCCAAGGCUGAGCUCGAGCAUCUCGGUGUCAAGGGUCUCAGCAAGAAGCGCAAGAGCUGUAGCCCCUACGCAACCGUUGGUGGCGCUGUGCCCGCGGCUGUGGUCGUUCAAGCAGCUGUGUCGAGCAGUUCCAGGGCCGCACAGGACCAUACUGCUGGCCAAGCUAUGAGCCGUGAUUCGUUCCGUGGUCGUAAUUCUGCUAAACCUUCAUCCGAGGCCAACCUUACCGUCCCUUCUGCAAGCCGAUCGCGAAGACCAGCUUCUCGCGCAUCCUCUCCAGCUCCUACUGCCGCGCAAAGCUCAACGGGACGACGUACAGGCACUCGAUCUGGAUCCGCCGCUCCAGUUGAGGAAGACUCGAGCAACAACCGAGGUAACAACCGUAGCUCACCGACGCGUGGCACGAGCCCCCCCGAGAACAGCAAGAACCACCACGGCCUCGCCUCGACCGCACCUUUCCAGAGUAGUCCGCUUGCUGCCAGCGCCAUUACAAUGGAGCCGCUCUUGGACACUGAUGAUGCCGAACAGAAUGACAGCAAGCCCAACACAUCCGAUGUCGACACUUCGCCUUCUGCUGCAUGUUCUGCCGCGACUAAGCGCAAGGCCAGUGCUCUUAGCCAAGUGGUGCUUACCGACGAGGUAGAAGCUGCGGCGGUCUCCGAAUCGCUCGAGGAAGUGUGCAAGCGACUCAAGCGCGACGAUCAGGACGCAGGCAAGGACGGAGCUGAUGACGAAGCAGCGACAAGAGCAAUCAAGGAAGGCUCUCCUUCUUCCGUCUCGUCUAGCCGCCGCACUUCUCCCAGAAUGACCUCGCGCCGCAUUGUUGCGGAGGCUGCGUGA